AUGUUAGAAUCAAUUGAAGAGCUCUAUUGCUCAUAAAAGCAUAAUUAACCAAUUUAAAUGGUUGUUUUCGAUUCAAAAUUACAGAGAAAUGAGAGAUUAUUAUGUUCAGAAUGCAUGGAUAAUUUUGAUUCUGAUGCUAGAACAAUUGGAUUUAAGAAAGUCAUUCAAAUGAUUGAAGAUAGAAAAAAGAAGAACAAAGAUCAAGCAGAAGUUCUCAUUAUGGGAGCAAUAAAAUCUGUUGAAGAAUUUUAAUCAGAAUUAGUCCAGUUAAAGUCAACUAUCAUUUAAUAUCUUAAUGAACUAUUUAGGUAUACAACUAAUUGGAUAGAAAAUUUAAAUAUGCUAGGGUAAUCAUAGAUUGAAAAAUACAGUUUUUUCUAAGAAUUAGAUUCUUUAAUAUAGAUGUAAAAGGGAAAUGCUUAAGUAUGUAAAUGUGAAGAGUUAGAUAAAGUUAAUUAUUCUUGGAGUUAAAAAUUACUUCCAAAAUUUUAAUUAUUUUAGUCCUUCCAAGAAUUUAAUAAAUGCAAAGAUUGCUUGAAUAAUAUAUUAAAAGAAGAAAUAGCAAUUUAAACAACAACAAUGACAACAACAUCGAGUUAAAUUUUAUCUUAAAAUAUUAUAUCUGACAUUUAAUCAACUGGUAUUGCAACUGGAGUAAUUACCAACUAAAAUGUUCAACCUUAAAAGCAGGAGAUAACAUAAAUAAAAUUGAAAUUUAUUAAUGAUUCCUAAUAAUAACCAGGUUCUACUCCAGCUAUUGCUUUUGAUUCAAAAGGAUAGAUAUUAGUAACAGGAUCACGUGCAAAUCAUGAUAAAGCUAUAUAUCAAAUAUGGAAUUUUAAUAACGGUGCUCUUAAACUUAAACAAUCAUUCUAAUUAGAUGAAGCAUCAGGAAUAAUAUUUAGUAAGAAGAACCCUCACUUUAUCACAUUCACUACAGUUAUCACAUCUUGGAAGCAUAUCUAGCCAAAUGAUUGGUAAAAAUCUAAAUCAGUAUUUAAACCUGGAAGUGGUUUUAGACCAACCUUAUUAUGUGGAGAAUUGAAUUAAGAUGAAUCUCUAUUUUAUGUUGGGGAUGCUAUGGGUUCAAUAUAAAUAUGGAAAGUAGAAUUUGAUUAAAAUGAAGUGACUUACCUUGAAGAAUUACAAAAGCCCUAGGAACGAAUAUUAUCAUUAAGUUUAAAUCCAUCAGAAAACAUUUUAGUAAGCUGUAGUAAUUUCAUUCAUGUAUGGUAAAAAGGAGAAAACAAUUAAUGGAAGUUCAAAUAUGUUGUUAAACCAGCCUGCAUCACUUAACAAGGGAAUAAAAUCAAAUUCUUAUCUAAUGAACAAUUUAUUUGGAUACCAAAAGGAAUAGAUUCAGUUUGUGUAUUUGAAUUAGAAUAAGGAUUUUUCUAAGAAAACUUAGAUAAAUAAAUUUAAUUAACCAAAAGCAAUACUGAAGAUAAUUUUUAAGGUCCAAUUAUAUACAAUCAAGAAAAAAAUGUAAUCAUUAUUUUGCGUAAGACUCAUAUUCAUAUUAUAUAAAAAUUAAGCAAUGGAAUUUUUAAAAUGUAAGAAAAAAUGGGCAGAAAUGGUUAUAUAAAUGGUGGAGCAUUGACGGAAAAUGGUUAAUUUUUAGUAAUAUGGGAUUCAGAAAAAAAAGCAUUUUUAAAUUAUGAAUUAUUAUACAGUUGA